CUAACAAAAAUUUCAUUAAAAAUAUCUUUAAAAAAUUCGAGUGACAUCUGAAUAAAGUGUAGAAUAAUUUGAACAACCUUAUUAAAAAAGAAGAGGUACUUAACCUUUAAAAUGAUUUGAUUUUAUUUGGCGAAUAAUAACAUUUGUAUUUGUAUUUUAUAUUUUUUAAUCAUGAAUGAAUAUGGAUCAAAGCUUCUGCCACCUCAAAAAGAAACUAGUGUACGUGCAGCAUGUAGGAAAUGUGGCUAUGCAGGCCACUUGACAUAUCAGUGUAGAAAUUUUAUUAAAGUAGACCCCGAUAAAGAAAUUGUCUUAGACGUGAGUAGCACAAGCAGUGACACCGAUCAAGACUACUUAACGCCUUUGACUGAGCUCCGCGAGAAGGAGCUAAAAGAAAAGUUAAAGAAAUCCAAGAAAAAAAAACAUAGGUCCGAGAGAAAGUCUAAAAAAGUCAAAAGAAAUUCAAGUGAUGAUAGUGAAGACAGUGACAGUGAGACAAAUAAUGCCAAAAGGAAGAAACAUAAAAAAUCAAAGAAAAGUCACAAAAAAAGCAAAGACUCAGAUUUGGAAAGACAAGGAAGUAAAGACCAGAAACCUUUAAAAAAGAAAAAAAGAAAAUCAUAUUCCGACUCGAGUAGUGAAUAAACAUUUUUGUAAAGAUUUUAUAAUUUGACUAUUUGAUAAUUUUAACAACAUGUUUUUAAAUCCCUAUGUUAUUUUUUAAGUGAGUUUAUAGAAGAUUUCACAGAAUCUUUUUGUACUGAUGUUUCAGAUUACAUAUCAGAUAUUUACCUAAAAAAAGCUACUCUAUCCCCUGGGAGUAUUAACUAUGAUUAUAAGUCACGUGUUACUUUCUCCGGAUUUGGGGAACCUUUGUAUGUGUAUGCCUCAUAGACAUAUUGUCGCCUUAGUACUAUAACUUGAUAACUCCAAAAUUGACGUUUUUGAGAUAACUAGUUCACAAGAUAUAUUUUAUUUGCCUCCAUAUUCUGUAAAAACUUGAUAACGUGCUCCAAAUGUGCUAAGUAUUUAUUUAUGAUUGACGAAAGUUAAUAAAACUCAAAUGCUCCUAAUAUUCAGUGCUAAAACUUGACAAGAUAAGUUAUCAAGUUAUUGUUUAAUUGAAAUAAUAGUGAAUAUGACAUACACUGAAUGCUAUAACUAGCUAACUCUAGUUACCUAGUUAUAGCACGUGUUUUUCUAAAACCAUUGAGCUUACCACGUAAUUGCUAUCUGUUUAUUCGGUUCAUGUUAAUGCAAAAAUUCGAGAAUUGUUAGCAGAUCUGGAACUUCCCUCGUAGAAGAGCUAAUUUUCACCAAAAUAAUCCUUAAAAUAUUAGUUUUGUUAAAAAGUUCACUUAGAUGUAACUUGGCACGACAUGUGACAUUACCAAAUGUUAACAUUAUGGUAGUGCUAAAAGUUGAUAACUUUAAUUUUUCAUGUUAUUUUCCAUAUUGGGAAACAAAUUUGCACCGUAUUCCUAAAUAUAUCAGUAGCCAAAAAGUUAAGGAAUAGUAUUUUAGAGCUGCAGAAUGUAUUCCAUAUUUACCAACUUCAUGAUAGCAGCACAAAUAUCUUUAAAAUCUUUAAACCCGUUUAUCUCAGAACUACUAAUUUCGAGUUAUCAAGUUAUACUAUUAAGGCAAAAACGAGUGUUCGAAAUGAGAGUGCAGGGGAAAAACAAAAGAGGAAGACCAAGAGUUAUGUGGGUAGAUGAAAUCAGGAAAGAAGUCGAGAAGAAGGGAUUGACAUUGGAAAGUGCAAGAAACAUAAUGCAAGAUCUGAAAGCAUGAAGACUACAAUGCCAAACUCAACUCCACCAGCUCUACACCUAAAGGUAGAAAGGCUUAGGACUAAGUAAGUAAAGUAUUAAGGCGAUGAUAUAUUAACAUAGACUGAGCAUACCAUGGUUUGGUGCUAUCUCUUUCUAGCACAUUGCAUUGAGAAACUAACAUGAAAAAAGUGGGGGUAUGUACACGGUAAGGGAGGACUAGUGAAAUUAGGAAAAGUGCCUUAAUAUGACAUUUUGACAAAUGAUUAGGCCAAUGAACAUAACCUACCAUAACAGUGUUGCCAUAUUUUUUGUAUAAUGUACACGUGUGUUUAAAAUUUAAAGAUAGACUUUUACGAAAUUAUACUUUUAAUAUGUUUUGUUAUAAGAAGCUACAAUUUUUGAAUUUAUAUGCCGUGUUUCGCAUUUAAGAUGAAGACAGCCCUAUAUUUUGGCUAUCAAAAUAAAUACAGAUUUGAAGCUUUGUAGUCAUACAGGUUGAAUAUUCACAUUUUUUAAGAUACUCAACUCAAAUUUAAAUUUUAAACUCAGUGUACUGUGAUACCACACAUAGGGUAAAUUUUUGAUUUUUAGCUUCGUGUUAGAGAUACUGCAAAAAGUUAUUUGAAGAAAUUGUUCCAAAUAUUAUUUUAAAUCCAUACACCAAAUCGACACCCCCAUCGAACAAGGUUGUAACUCAUUUUUGGCGAUUUUACAGGAGAGCCAAAAAAUGAAAACAUGAUUUUUUAAAAAUUUGUUGCGAUUUGAUUAGACUCUUUUACACUAAUGCGAUAUGAUAUUUAUAGAUAACAUAAUAAGGGAUUACUGUGAGAUAUAUGUUUUGUAAUUUUAUUAACUACAUAUUGAAAAUCUUGAGUUUGAAGGAGAUACAAUCUUGAGAUUAAACAUGAGUAUUCGUAGAAAAAGGUUGUAACUCACUAACAACCAUUUUACACUCUUUCGUGUUAAUUUUUUUCCCGUUUUACUAUUAAAAGGUUGUAUGUUUUGAGUUAUUUGCAAUAUAGCUAGGAGAAAAUUAGUUUUUAUUGUAUAUUUAAACAAAAUAUCAACUCACUGCUUUCACAAUUUUAAUUGGAAAAUAUAAAUUUUACAAUAACAAUAUCUAGGUAAUAUUCUAUCACUAUGAAAAAAACAUGGUAUAAAAUAUCUCAAAUUUUUUGCAUUUUUAUUGCGUAUCUGUAAAUAUUUAAUUUUAGACCAUUUUACUUUAUUGCUUUACUUACUCUAUUACUAGAUAUUAAUAUCUACUUCAAAAUUAACAUGUGUGUCCUUAAAUAGGUUAAAAUUUAGAAUUUGCUUCUGAUUUAUUUCAGUUACGGAGUAAGACUUGCCUGACUUUGGCACAUUGUAUCAUGGUUAUCCAUUGGUCUGGAGCAUAUACGACAUAAUGUUUUUUCCGUUUUUCUAUAAGGGCAUGCAUUGAAUCGCCCUCGUUUUGUGAAUGUGCUAUUUCAAAAAAUACAUGUGUGAUGUUAAUAUUAAACUUUUUCACUACAUAGAAGUAUGUAGCAAAAACUAUUCUAUAUUUAUUUUGUCCACCACAACUAAAAAAAGUCCGUAAAUCCUUUUUUAUUUUCAUUUCGAUAAAUUUACUUAUGAGAUGCACCAUGUUUGAUUACUUUAUAAAUUAAACAUACAUGUAACAAAGUUGUAACUCUUUUAAAAACCUUGUUAAUCGUCAAGUAUAAAGAGAGUAAAUGUGUAACAUGGGGAGUAUCCAGUGUUACUGCCUUUUCACGCUAAAAUGGCACAAGUAAGUUAACAUACAGCUUUCUCCAAUGGAGUAUUAGCCAAACUAUUGAAAAUCAAACUAAACUUACGUGCAUAGAAAUCGGCCCACUUCAAAAUUUGGUCAUUUUUGAUGUCUAAUAUUUCCUAAACUUGUUAUCCGAUUUAAGUGAUUUUUUGAACAUGUUAUAGCCUGAUUCUUUAACAAUACCACCGUAAUAAUAUUGUUGCUAAAGAGGUAAAUUUUCAUUGUAUACCGGGUGUACCAAUCAAACUGUGUUUUUUUCUCAAAGUUCGCAUUACCCUGUGCAAUAUUCUAGCAUUUAUAAAAUACUGAAAUUAAAACUCAACUAUAGCUUCAGGUUUUCUUGACAUUUUGUUUUUUGAUUCAUUCGUUUAUGUUGGAUAAUAAAAAAGUUAUUUACUUUAACAACUAGACAUGUUCUUCAUCAAUACACGGUGUUUCUAAGUAAGUACGACAAACUUUAAGGGGUAAUUCUGCAUGAAACAAUAAUGACAGUUGGCUUUAUAAACGUAUGUCCGCAAAUGUUUUGUUUCCGAGAUACGGGAUGUCGAAAUUUUUCUUACAAAUUGACGAUUUAUUUAUUACUUUAAAACCAGUUGAGAUGUGCGAAUGAAAUUUCGUGAGUUCUAAGAGAUAGUUAUUGCGGAUUUGUUGACAUAAAAUUAAGAAUUUUAUAUUCACCAUUAUCGUGCAUACGGGUAAUAUGAUCGGUAAUAUUACAUGUAUGCGCGCUAAUGGUGAAUAUUAAAUUCUUAAUUGUAUAUCAAAAAAUGUGCAAUAACUACAUCUUAAACCCCACCAAAUUUCAUUUGCAUAUCUCAACUGGUUUUAAAGCUAUAAAUAAAUCGUCAGUUUGUAAGAAAAAAUUCAACAUCCCGUAUCUCGUAAACGAAACAUUUGCGGACAUACGUUUAUGAUGCAAACGGUCAUUAUUUUUUCAUGCAGAAUUACCCCUUAAAGUUUGUCGCACUUAUUUAGAAACACCGUAUAUUGAUGAAGAACAUGUCUAGUUGUUAAAGUACCUAACUUUUUUAUUAUCCACCAUAAACGAAUGAAUCAAAAAACGGAAUGUUAAGAAAACUUGAGGCUAUAGUUGGGUUUUAAUUUUAGUAUUUUAUAAAUGCUAGAAUAUUCCACAGGGUGAUGCGAACUUUGAGAAAAAAUCUCAGUUUGAUUGGUACACCCGGUAUACAAUGAAAAUUUACAUCUUUAGCAACAAUAUUAUUACAGUGGUAUUUUUAAAGAAUCAGGCUAUAACAUGUUCAAAAAAUCAAUUAAAUCGGCCAACAGGUUUAGGAAAUAUUAGACAUCAAAAGUGACCAAAUUUUUAAGUGGGCCGAUUUCUAUGCACGUAAGUUUAUGUCGUUUAUAUUGGCGUGUUGAAAAAUAUAUCUAUCUUGAGUUACAACCUUGUUCGAUGGGGGUGUCAAAAUGUCAUAACAAAAUUCACACUUUUAGAUUUUUCAUUAUUUGUAUGUAGUCAGGACCUAAUAUGGGCUGUCCCGAGAUGCAUCCUGGUACAUCCGAGAUGAAGACCCAGACUGGAAUUUUAGGGUCCUGACUACAAAUAAUGAGAAACUAAUAGUGCGAAUUUUGUCAUGAAUUAAAAAAAAUUAAUAAGUGUGUGGGAUUAGAAUAAUAUUUGGAACUACUUUUUCAAAUAACUUUUUUCAGUAUCUCUUGGUAUCUCUAAUACGAAGCAAAAUAUUAAAAAUUUACCCUAUGUGUGAUGUCACAGUAGGCUGCGUUUAAAAUUUAAAUUUCAGUUGAGUAUCUAAAAAAUGUGAACAUUCAACCUGUAUGACUGUGCAAAACUUCAAAUCUGUAUUUAUUUUGAUAGCCAAAAUAUAGUGCUGUAUUCAUCUUAAAUGUGACACACUGUAUUACAGCAUUGAUAAAUUAUUUUUUGUUUUACAAUGACUAAACGUUAAACUAAAUAAUAUUGUUAAUGAUUGUUGCUUAUUCUCAUAUAGAUAAUAGCGAAAAUAGAUUAGAUUUUUAAUUGAUACGUGUUCUUGUCCGAUUUUGAAUUUUAGAUAUGAGAGUAACCUAUUAUUAUUAAACCUAUGUACGUGCAACCAUCCCCCAAAGUUUAAAAUUGUUGUCACCAUGAAAAGCACUGUUGAAAUGUCAUAUCCCCUCCAUGUUAACCCUCCCAGCGGAUACAAGACAUAUUUAAAUACAGUAGAACGUCAAUAAUCCGGAUUAAUCCGGACCGGACCCCAUCCGGAUUAUCAAAUUAUCCGGAUUAUCGAAAUUACCUCAAAAAAAGGCCAGUAUACACAUUAAAGUACAACAAACGUUUUAAAAUUUUAUGUUUUCUCUUGUACAGUAAAGUGUCUGGAGGUGAAAUUAAUCAAAACAUUUAUGUUUAAACACUGUAUUGUAAUUAAUUUAUAAUAGCAGCAUGUGUACAGUAAAAACAUCAGACACUAUUUGGGUUUUUAAAAAAAUGUGUAAAAUAUUUUUGAACUGCGGUAGAGGUUCGUUUUUCGCAGCUAAGUUCUUAAUGUGUUUUAAAAGAAUCAGAUAUUUUUGCUAGAUACAAAUCCGGACUAUUGACGGUCCGGAUUUUUGACGUCCGGAUUAUCGACGUUCUACUGUAAAUGUAACUCACAGUAGAUAAUAUAGUUUAAUAUUGUUUCUUCUUGUUUUGUUAAAUAACCAUGUAAACAUCUUAAACUUUACUAUUAGUUUUGAUAAUCUAAUGAAAUUUGUGAUUUAUCUUCAGAACCAAUUAUUAUAAUACAUUUUCAUAAGCAUU